AGGGUUUUCCAUACUUCCGGUCCUAUUUUCACUUCUCACUUCUCAGUGAGGGAGAGGCGGCGAUUUAGAUCUGGGGUCUCUCUCUCUCUCUCUCUCUCUCUCUCUCUCUCUCUGUGUGUUUAACCAUGCUUGCAAAUUGCAUCAUCUAACUGAUCAGAUCUGUUUUCCACUCUAUUCCAACCAAAACCCAUUUUCUAGGUUUCUUAGCCGAAGAAAAACCCAGCUGAAGAAUAACAUUGGAGCGUUCGUUUUCACAGAGGUUACUUCUCUCUCUCUUGAUGUGCUUCCAUUUCUUCUGAUCUCUGCUGUAACCCCGAAGCCCACUGCAUUCACAUCUGGGUUUUUGUUUUCAGUUCAAAUUUGAAUCCGUAGGAGUCCAUUUCCGUUGUAUUUGUGCUUCAUCUUUUAGUUGUAUUUUUCCUAUUCCAUUCGGUUCGGGGAUUACCCGAAAAUCGAAUGGCUCGGAAACGGUUUCAUUCUUCCCUCCUGAACGGGGCGGAUAUGGGCGGAACUUUGGGUUCGGAAUCGGGGACGGAAAAUCCAAUUUCCGCCCCGAAUGCCUCAAAUGCCAGCCCAUUGGGAUUAUUUAUGCCGGACAAAAAAAAACACACGGAAGGGAACUUCCCAAGAAUUGCAAAAAUGCCACUGAUAUAAAACCAUCGCUUCCACGCUGCUUCUCCACUUUUCUUCUUCUCGCCGCGCCUUCUCUCUCUACAUCAGGGCAGCUCUGAGGCGAUUCGUGACGAACUUCUUCCGAACCUGAAAUAAACAUAUUACGAAAAGAUGAGUUUGAUUUCUCAAAAUGCGCUUCCUAAAGUCCAAAUUGAGAAGAUCAAAAGGAAGGUUUCUGACCAGCCUUCAGUACUGGAAGGUGACCAAGAGGUUGGAGAUCGAAAAGAGGAUGAGCCAGAUACGUACAAAGUCAAGAAGAGAAAGGAAAAGCGCAAUGAAGAGGAGGACAAGCAGUUGGAAAUUGAGCAGGAAAAAGAAAUGAAGAAGUUGGAAAACUCUUUGUUUGGUUCUCUGUACUCCCCGGUUGAGUUUGGGAAGGAAGAUGAUGAAGAAUUGAGGUACGGAAUUGACGAAAGCUCUGCGUUGUUCUUUACGGAUAGGUCUGCGAAUAGCGUACUCUCUGUUUAUGAAGAUGAUGCAGGUCUCAGUCAAAGUAGUGAUGAUGAGGAAGGAACUGGCCAAAGGAAACCUGUAUGGGUGGAUGAUGAGGAGGAAAAGACCAGUAUAAAUAUAGCUAAAGUCAACAGAUUGAGGAAACUGCGGAAGGAAGAAGAUGAAAGUGUCAUCUCUGGUUCCGCCUACAUCUCCAGAUUAAGGGCUCAGCACGUGAAGCUGAACCCGGGCACAGAGUGGGCCCAACUGGAUUCAAGGUCAAGGAAUUACAGCUCUGAUGAAGACAACCCUGAAUAUGAAAAUGAGGCAGUUUUGGCACAGGGUUAUAAGGAUGUUGAAGGUGUCGACGACAUUCUUCGAUCUACUGAGGACCUUGUUGUGAAAAGCACUGCGAAGUUGUUGCCAGGACUUCUUGGGUACUCAAGCUUAGUUGAUGCAAAUGCAGAAGAUCGUUCUAGUGGUCCAAUAAAUUCAGUUCAGUUCCAUAGAAAUGCUCAGUUACUUCUUACCGGAGGUCUAGAUAAAAAGCUGAGAUUUUUUCAGAUAGAUGGGAAAAGGAACACCAAAAUACAAAGCAUUUUCCUAGAGGAUUUGCCUAUUCGAAAGGCGUGUUUCUUACCUGAUGGAUCUCAAGCAAUAGCAGCAGGGAGAAGAAAGUUCUUCUACUGUCUGGAUCUAGUGAAAGCAACUGUAGAUAAGAUUGGCCCCUUAACUGGGAGGGAGGAGAAGAGCUUGGAAGUUUUUGAGGUUUCGCCGGAUUCUAAUACAAUUGCCUUUGUGGGUAAUGAAGGGUAUAUCUUGUUAGUUUCAACAAAAACAAAGGAUCUAAUUGGAACACUUAAAAUGAAUGGAACUGCUCGAUCAUUAGCUUUCGCUAAUGAUGGGCAACAUUUGCUUAGCUCUGGUGGUGAUGGGCAUGUUUACCACUGGGAUUUGAGAACUAGGGCUUGCUUCCACAAGGCUGUUGACGAAGGUUGCUUAACUGGUACAUCUCUUUGUACUAAUCCAAGUGGAAGUUUGUUUGCAUCUGGUUCAGACAGCGGGAUUGUGAAUAUUUACAACAGAGAAGAGUUUUUGGGUGGAAAGAGGAAACCAAUCAAGACUAUUGAUAAUCUAACCACUAAGGUGGAUUUUAUGAAAUUCAAUAACGAUGCUCAGAUUUUGGCAAUCUGUUCAACCAUGAAGAAGAAUAGUCUAAAGCUGAUUCACGUACCAUCGUUUACCGUUUUCUCUAACUGGCCUCCUCCAAAUCGGAACUUGCAUUAUCCACGGUGUUUGGAUUUUAGUCCUGGUGGAGGCUUCAUGGCCCUGGGAGAUGCUGCUGGAAAAGUGGGGUUAUACAAGUUGCAUCACUACCAACAUGCAUAACACAGAAGAGCACUGGUUGCUUAUUUUGUUUUAAGUCUUUUCCGUUAACUUUCUGUAGUCCUGUAUCUGAAUUUUGAGCGGAGGCAAUUGGGUUUCAACCUGCCUUCUCGCACCACAGUUUUGAUUUCUGUAUGUUAAAAGAACCCAAUGUCUGCCCUGGUGGAUUCUUUCACAGGGGUCCGAUAAUUUUGCUGUAUGAUGGGUGGUUGAUGAGCUUCCAUUUGAGCAUCAAACUAGUUUUGGUUUAAGAGUUUUGAUUCGGUACCAA